CUUUUCCUCCAAGGACGAAAACCCUUAGUUUCCUGUUCAGCUUUCUUCAACAUUCAAUCAACAGCAGACGUUUCCUCCAUCCCAGGUCUCAACUGCAGUCUAUAUUCUCCUUGUGUCGUCAUGAUGCGUUACUGGGGUGAGAUCCCGGGGCCUGCGGGGGCUCCUCCCAGUCGCAGUUCCUUUGACUUGCUCCAGCGUGAGUUUCGCUCCGUGGAGAUGCAGGACCCUCCCUUGCACCAGCCCUCUGCACAGCGGCCACGGCCCACCACAAUGCUUGAUAUCCCCUCUGAGCCGUGCAGCCUCACCAUCCACACAGUGCAGCUGUGCCAGCACGUUCGCCGUCUCCGAGGUCUUCUGGCAGCAGCCCAAGCCCAAUCUCAGGGUCAGAGCUCAACAUCCUCCGAGGGUGGCAGCAAGCUGGACGAGGCUGAUACCAACCUGCCGUUACGCCCUCCCACCCCACCUGUUAUGCCAGAUGACCUGCUACCUGUGGAUAGCAAAGCCCCCCGACAGCCCUUUCAGCUCCGCCACAGCGACCCUGAAAGUGACUUUUAUAAAGGUAAAGGCGAACAGGUCACAGAACUGAGUUGGCCCUCCUGUAGGCAGCUACUGUAUCAGUCUGUAGCGACCGUCCUGGCCCAUGCUGGCUUCGAAUCUGCUCAGGAAAGCGUCCUGGAGACGCUCACGGACCUGGUCCACGAGCAUUACCUGCGUCUAACCCGCCUGCUGCGGGUGGCAGUGGACAGGGAGGCUCGACUUGGAGCCAGUCCCUUCCCAGAUGUGGUGGAGCAGGUGUUCCAUGAGGUGGGAAUUGGCAGCGUCCUGGCCUUGCAGCGAUUCUGGCAAGUGAGGAUCAAGGACUAUCACAGCUACAUGCUGCAGCUCAGUAAGGAUCUAUCAGAGGAAUACGAGCGAAUGGUAAAUCCAGAGAAAGCUCUUGAGGACUCCAAGUCCCCGAAGAUCAAGGUGGAGGCCAUGAGUGACAUUCCCUUCCCUGUUAGUGAGGAGCCUGAGGCUGACUUGGCCUCCGGGGACCAGGCUUUGCCAAUGGGGGUCCUUGGUGCCAAUGCUGAGAGGCUGGCUUCAGGGCUGGAUGGAGACCAUUCUCCUCAUACCUCAGGUGGCGGUGUGACAAACAACUCCCCUCUGUGGCCUCAGGUAAAAGUGGAGCCACAGGACGGCGAGGAAGGCCAAGCUUCGGCUCACCAUCAUCAUCACCACCACCAUCACCACCACCACGGGGUCCUGGGCGGAGAUGUGUUUGAGGACGGUGGGCCCAUGUCCACCAUGAGUGAGUCAGGAGGAGUAAUGGGGCCCUCACCCGGAGGGGUGGGAUCUGAUGGAAGCUAUGCUUCACAUUCGCCCGACUCCAUGAUGGUUGACGAUUUUGACCAGAGACCCAAGAAACGGACAAAGAAGAUGUGAGGCUGUUUUGGCAGAGAAACUGACUCUGAGCCAAAGUGCUGAAACACACCAGUGUUAAUCUGACAAGAGUGCUGAACUCAUGGUGGAAGGCGGGGUUUUUGUAGUUCUUUGUUUUUACUAAAUAUAUUAAUGGAGUUAAUCACCAAAAGAAUAAACAUCUUCUGGGGAACCAGCUGCACUAAUUCUGAUCAUGGAGUGUUUUUCACAAACAAAUCUAUAAGGAGUUAGUCAACAGUUAGCUUAAUGAACAGGAAAAGGAAAAACUAUGAAGCUCUAAUACAAAUUGUUUAGUUGAACAACUUCAUAAUUCAGCUGCAGGGUUUGUUUUCCCGAGCCAUUAAGACUCUUGCUCCCCACACACCAAUUAUUACCAUUUCCAUUCAUUAUCAUUAAAAGAUGCUCUAAAAAGAGAAAAUCCUUGUUCUCGUGAGCAUGUCUCUGCAUGCGAUUAUGAUGUGUUCUCAACUUUCCCUGCUUCGGUUCACUUUACGCGUGGCCCGACAGAGUGGAACGAUCUGCACACACCUCACACACCUGUCAACCUGAAGCCGCUCCGCAGAAUUAGCAUCUGUUUCGGUAAUGAGGCCAACCUGUGAAUGCAACACCAGAGGCAAUUAUGGGUUGGUUGUGUGCAUCGCGAAGGGCGACAUCAAUCCAGUCUUAAUGGCAAAUUAAUUAGGCCAUGCAUAAUUUUGCAUGUUCAAUGAGCAGGCCUGUUUGAAUACAUGUGGUUUGCUUUUGUGUGGUCCUCUUUGGUUUUUACAAUUAGCCAGGUAAUUGUCUGUGCCUCAGGUAGGUCCUGAUGGGGGUCAUAACUAUUGAUAUUCAAUUAGCUGCAUCUAUUGAUUGAUGUUUGAUUUGUUUUCUGCAGUUGAAUGUGUCUGACUGCACAAAACAGUCUUCCAACUUAUGAGGGAGCUAUAAGAAUUGUUGUCAUUAGGACAUGUCACCAUGUUUUACUAACGUUAUAUGGAUUAGCUUCUGCUCUGAUGUUCUGCUGGUAAGCUUCACAGAUCACAUCAGGUUACCAGCGAAUAAAAUACAAUGAAUCCAUUCAAAUAAUACAAUUUCCCCAGAUACGAGGGCAAUCCCAAAGUAAGGUCUCCUAUUGUUUUCGAAAUACAAACAACCGUUUAUUUUCCAUAAUAUUUUCAUCAUUUUAAAGCUUGAAGACUUUUUGUCUACAUAAUCGCCAUUUUGGUCGAUACAUUUUUGUAGACGCUGUGGCAGUUUUACAAUACCCAUGUCAUAUGGAAGAUUUUGGAGAAUGCUAGCGCCCUUGCUCAGCAUUCCUCUUCUCCGGUUCUGAAAUGGGCUUCUGAGUUGAGAGUGAGAAAGUCAAUCAACAGUACACCUUUCGUUCCCCAAACACAGUUGCGCACCGGCGCACUGUGCGUGCAAGCAUUCUCCACAACACCGCGCGUCCAAACGUCGCCCGUCAAACUGUCGCUCUCCUGCAAAACCUUGGAACUUCAUCGCCCACCCACCCUACAGUUCGGACUUCGCACCCAGUGAUUAUCACCAGUUCCCAGAGUUGAAAGAACAUUUGUUCGGAAGGCGAUUCUGCGGCGGCGGCGAGCAGGCAGGUACGACAUGGGCAUUGUAAAACUGCCUACAAAAAUUUCUACAAAAAUGCAUCGACCGAAAU